GCGCGGGUGAUUAAAUUUUGCAAUUUGGGCAAAAGUUUUGCACUCCACGCACAAACGCCAGAGAGCGAAAGAGCGAAGAAGGCACCCACACGCAGGCGAACAACACAAAAGAUGCUGGCAGGCGCGCGCAGUGUGGUGGGGCGGGUGUUGCCUCGUGCAGUGGUGAGGGCUGGUGCUGGUGGUCUGCAAGCGCAGCAACGCACGUUGCACUGGACUCCUGUUGCUUGCAAGAAAGUUGUGCCUUUCCUUCUGGCAGACAUUGGCGAAGGCAUUGCCCAGGCCACUCUUCUCGAGUGGCACGUGAGUGAGGGUGACCACGUCAACCAGUUUGACCCCGUUUGCGAUGUUGCCAGCGACAAGGCCAACGUGGACAUCUCCAGCCGGUACGAUGGCAAGGUGGUGAAGCUUCACUACGAAGUCGGAGAAAUGGCCAUUGUCGGCAAGCCCCUGAUUGACAUCGAGGUGGAGGACGAUGACGAUGGCGAGACUGAUGAGGGCGCCUCCACUGAAUCUGCCACGUCUGAAGCCGACGCUACCGCCGAGUCCCCAGCCAUCCCCGAACAACAGGGCGCCACCGCAGGCCCCGCACGCACAGGCAAGGUUUUGAUGACGCCCGCUGUUCGUCGCAUUGUCCGCGAGAACAACAUCCCGAUUGAGCAAGUUGUUGGCACCGGCAAGAACGGCCGCGUGUUGAAGGAGGAUGUUCUCAACUACCUGGAGCACGGCGCCCAGCCCGCCCAAGCACCGGCAACAGCGACAACAGUUGGUGCUACUGCAUCUGCCAGCAUGGGUCAACAGCAAGCUACCGCCACCACAGGCCGUGGUCUCGCCGAGGACCAGACACAGCCCAUCUCCGGUAUCCAGGCCGCCAUGGUGAAGUCCAUGACGGCGGCCUUGAAGGUGCCCCACUUCUCCUACGCCGAAGAGAUUGAGAUGGAUGGCCUGAUGGAAGCGCGCCAGACACUUCGCGCAAUGGCCGCUGACUCGCUCAAGGUCUCGUACAUGCCCUUCAUCAUCAAGGCUGCCUCUCUUGCCUUGGAGAAGUACCCAAUCCUGAACAGUCAUGUCAAUGAGGAGUGCACAUCUGUCACUCUCAAGGCUGAGCACAACAUUAGUGUGGCCAUGGACACACCGCUUGGCCUCGUUGUGCCAAACAUCAAGAAUGUCAACAACAAGAGUGUCUUUGACAUUGCGCGUGACUUGAAUGAGCUUCAGGAACUUGGGGCGAAGAACAAGCUGAAGACGGAGCACUUGACAGGUGGCACGUUUACGCUGUCCAACAUUGGUGUCCUCGGUGGGACAUACCUUGGGCCUGUCAUUGUAGUGCCACAGGUCGCCAUUGGCGCAAUGGGGCGUGUGCGUAAGCUGCCUCGCUUCGAUGACAACGACAACGUCAUCGCACGGCACAUUAUGGAGAUCAGCUUCAGUGCGGACCACCGCGUCAUCGAUGGUGUCACCAUCGCCAAGUUCUCCAACGAGAUGAAGCAGUUCAUCGAACACCCACUGCGCUUGCUCGCCCACCUCAAGUGACUUGUGCUUUGAUGGUGUUUGUUUGGUUGUAUUGUGUGACACCAUGGAACCGCAGUAGUUCUUGUGCAUGCAAUAAAAGAUUGCUGGUCCAACA